AAAACCAUCGCACCUAUGAUGUCAAGACCAUCCUACAACUACACAGUGGAAGCCCCUGCCACCUUCUUCCUCAUGGGCGUUCCAGGUUUGCAGUCUUCCUAUCUUUGGCUGGCCAUCUCAUUUAGUGCUAUGUAUAGCAUAGCCCUCUUAGGAAACAGCCUCAUCAUUACUGUGAUCUGCAUGGAUUCCACUCUACAAGAGCCCAUGUACUUCUUCCUAUGUGUUCUGGCUGCUGUGGACAUUGUCAUGGCUUCUUCUGUGGUACCUAAGAUGGUGAGCAUCUUCAGCUCUGGAGACAGCUCCAUCAGCUUUAAUGCCUGUUUCACUCAGAUGUACUUUGUCCAUGCAGCCACAGCUGUGGAGACAGGGCUGCUCCUGGCCAUGGCUUUUGAUCGCUAUGUAGCCAUCUGCAAGCCCCUACACUACAGAAGAAUUCUCAAACCUAAACUGAUGCUGGGGUUAUGUGUGACUAUCAUCAGCAGAGCUGUCAUUUCCAUGACUCCAUUAAGUUGGAUGUUGAGUCAUUUGCCUUUCUGUGGCUCCAAUGUAGUUCCACAUUCCUACUGUGAACACAUGGCUGUGGCCAAGUUAGUAUGUGCAGACCCCACACCCACCAGUUUGUAUAGCUUGAUUUGUUCCUCUAUCAUUGUGGGAUCUGAUACGGCCUUCAUUACUGCCUCCUAUACUUUGAUUCUUAGGGCAGUAUUUAGCCUGUCCUCAAAGAACGCACAGCAGAAGGCAUUAAGCACAUGUGGCUCUCAUGUGGGAGUUAUGUGUCUUUUCUAUCUCCCUGGGAUGGCAUCCAUAUAUAUAACCUGGCUAUGGCAGGAUGUAGUUCCCCUGCACACCCAAGUGUUGUUAGCUGACUUGUACCUCAUCAUCCCACCCACCCUAAACCCUGUCAUUUAUGGUAUUAGGACCAAGCAGAUCCGGGAGCGAAUGCGGAUGUUGAUGAUGUGCAGCUUUAGAAAAGGUUUGUGA